AUGUCGCGAUAUGGCAAAUUCGACGACUUUUGUCGCGACACGGGCAACAUUGGAUCCACACUCCCUGUUUGCAAUCUCUUCAACCAAGCAACCACAAAACGGGGAACAGGAUGGGGAGGCUGUGAUCUCGAAGGCUUCUCUGUAGGCGGAGGAGAAAGGCUACGGAAUUUGGGUUCAAUUAUCCUCUGUGGAAUUGCCAUCGUCGCAACCGCCUUUUUGCUAUGGAGAACCCAACGGAAAAAGGCUGCUGUCGGGAGAAGGGAAAUGCAACUCUUCCUCCUCGGCUACAUUUUAAUCUCCAUUUGUGAAAUCUUCACCAUUGGUGGCUUCCCACUCAACGACAGCGCACGGCUUGCCUUUACUGCCAUUCAUAUCGCUGCCAUCACUGCAACCUCUUGGAUACUCAUGCUCAAUGGAGCUGUCGGCUAUCAGCUUCUGGACGAUGGCACUGCAGUAUCCGUGGGUCUUCUACUUAUCUCAUCGCUCAUUAUAUUUGUUGGCACGGGUUAUAUUGCGCUUGACACGGGCUUCAGCUGGACUGGUUACUGGGAGUCUACCUUGGCCCGACCCAACCAGGCGUAUGCCUUGUAUACCCUCUACCAGCUCGUACCGCUGCUCUUCAUCGUCAUAUUCUUCCUGCUCGAGGCCUUCCUCGUGCUCCGUAUCCUCGGCGAACGCAAGCCUAUGCUCUAUCUCCUCACCGCCGCUCUCCUUUUCGCUAUUGGCCAAAUCUUCCAAUACGUCAUCAGCGUCCACAUUUGCACUGGCACCGACGGCAAGAUCAAUGGCGGUCUAUUUUCGACCCUCUUCACGUUACUCUCCAUCGUCAUGAUCUGGAUCUUCUGGUCGAGCAUCACCGAGGAUGACUGGCCCAUGCCGACGGUUACAGGUGCCGGCUAUAACUAA